CAACUAUUUGGCCAAUCAAAGGUCUAGCGCAUAGCUUUUGGUGGGGCGCUGUGGCUGGUGCCUCAAUUUCAGUGGCUUGUACAUCAUCCACCGCGUCUCCGCCCUUCAGCAGAGCAGCAUUCAUCCAUUCCUUUGCAAAUUAUCUGAGAGAGUUGAGGUCUUGGGUUUCCUCGGUCAAGCUGCGACAUCGAUAAAUUCAAAAUGCCCUUCGGUGAAUAUUUCGAUGACCCAAGUCCUCCUUUGAUCCAGAGCGACCUUCUUGGCUCGGUCGAAAAGGGCUACUCCCGGGAACAGUCACCAAUUGAAGGCGAGGGUAUGGGAACGAGCGCGAGCGCAGGCCCAACUGUGGUUACGCUUGACGACCAAGCACCCGCUGGGAUGUCGUCGCGUAUUCCUGAGGCAGACAUGGGUGUUGAGGAUGAGGUGGAGGCUGAGCUCGAGGUGUCGCGCGUAUCCGCGGUGACUUCAUCCAUCACCAGGAAACGUGGCAGACCAUCGCUCUCAGGUUCAGCUACGCCCGCCAAGUUGACCACACUCAAGACUCCGCGCUCAACGAAGAGUGUUGCCACCGUGAAGAGCGCCGGCCGUAGCACCGGCCGGAAGCGCACUGCUGCAGCUAUCGAGGCCGAGCCUGAGACUACACCUGAGCCUAAAGCCGAAUCCGAGAGUGAGCCUGAAGCCGAGCCGGCGCGAAAGCGCGGCCGCCCUGCCCGUACUGUGGGUGCUGCUGCUAGCGCACGUCUUGCUGCUAAGGCCGCUAAGAAGCCAACUCGCGGCCGCCCAAAGUCGUCAACUGUAAGCAUAGUGGCACGUUCCAGUUCCGCAGAUCCACAGAAUGCUCACUGUUGCAAUAGUCUGCCGAGAAACCAGCAAAAGCUGGACUGCCCAGGAAAGACGCCGUUAACGGCGAGGUUCCCCAGGGCGAGUACGAAGUCGAGGCCAUUGUCGACUCGGUGGUUGACGCCGAUACCAUGGAGCACUACUACUGUGUCAAGUGGAAGGGCUACCCAGACAGCGACAACACAUGGGAGCCGAAAAAGAACCUCAAGCAUGCCCUUGAGCUCGUGCGCCAAUUUGAUGCUAAGAAGAAGUCCCAGACGAAGAAUGCUGCCAAGGAAGCCAGUGCUAAGAAUGACUCCAAAGAGGAAGGGGAUGAGCAGAAGCGGAGCACUACGAGGAAGCAGCCCAACGCUGUAAAACCAGUGAAAAAGGGCAAGGGUCCUGGACGACCUCGGAAACGGAGAGGCCGGGCAUGAUCUGUCUGUCAACCGACCUCUGUCCUUUCUCCCUGCUUCCUUGUUUCCUCUUGAUGCCUCGGGCUGGAUGGCUGCAAAUUGCAGAGUGCGGGUUUCUUUCUCUUUUAUGUGUGGUUGCAAAUGAUCCUAACGGAAGGAAGACAUUUUCCAAUUGGCUUGGAGCAGUGCAGGUGGGGAU